AUGCGGGCCACGACCGUGGGAAUCGUCUCGAUCGGAGACAUGGGCCUGGGCAUGGCCAAACUACUCCAAGCCCACGACUAUCGCGUUGUCACCGUCGGCGAAGGAAGAAGCGAACACACACUCUCCCGUAUCCGCACGGCGGACAUCGAGGUCCUCCCCUCCGACCAAGCCCUCGUGGCCCAGGCGGACUACAUCUUAUCCAUCGUGCCCCCGCGGAACGCAUUGGCGACCGCUCAUCGCAUUGCAGGGGCUUGCAAGCAGCCCGAUACACUGCGUCAGCGGGACUCGAUCGAGGACGUCAACGGCCAGCCGAGUCGCAGCCCGCUCUACUACCUCGAGCUCAACGCAACCCCGCCCCGAUUGGCGGCGGAGAUGGCGGCCCUGUUUGAGGAUGAGUCCGCCAGCUCCACCAGCUCGCUCGCCUGGUGCCAAUUCCUCGACGGCGGGAUCAUUGGGGGCCCGCCGGCACCAGCGCCCGCAGCUACAGCUGCAGCUGCAACGCCAGACGCUGACGAAAUCCGCGGGGCGUGGAAGAAGCCUAGCGUAGUGCUGUCGGGCCCGAUGGUGGACCUUCCGCCGACAUUCGCGGCGCUGGCCACGGUGCUAAAUGCGAAAGUUGUCUCGCCGCGGAUAGGCGCCGCGUCGACGCUGAAGCUCUCCUUCGCCGCGCUGACCAAGGGCCUUACGGCACUUUCGAUCCUGUCGUUCUCCACCGCGCAGCGCGAGUCACUGCUCCCCGAGCUGCUAGCGCAUCUGGACGAGUACUCGCCGCAGACGGCAGUGCUGGCCCGUCGCGGGGUGGUAGGCAUGAGCCCCAAGGCGUAUCGGUGGGUGGACGAGAUGCGCGGCAUUGGUGAGGCGUUUGACACCCAGGGCGGCUGGGAUGGUGUCGGGGCCGGUAUUUAUGAUGGGUUUGCGGAGAUCUACCGUACAGUUGCGGAGGAUACGAUAUUGGGAUUGGAGCGUGUUGGGGCGCGCGAGCGCGGGACUACCGUGGGCGAUGCGGCGUUGCUUCUUGCGAGUCGGCGGUCACAGGAAGAGAAGCCGAGGCCGGCAUGA